UGAGGUCUGACUGCAUGUUCCCAGAGUCAGCACCGCUUAACGUUUUCCGAAGCCCAACAAAGUGCCAUUAUCGUCUAAAACUUAAAAUCCUUCCACCACCAAUUUAAUGUCGAGAGAGCGACCACGAGUUUUACUGCGUGCUGCUCAGCCGCGACAUCGUAAGGGACUUCCUAAGGCUCGCACUGGAUGCAUGACAUGCAGAAUCCGCAAGAUCAAAUGUGACGAGGCGAGGCCGGGCUGUCAACGAUGCAUUGGCACUGGUCGUAAAUGCGACGGCUAUGGGGAUACAGACAGUGUGACCCAGCAGACACUAAUCAUUCGAGAACGACCACCAAUUACACGUGCCUUCGAUAACGAUCUUGGGAUAGAGCUGAGCUUUCAUGCUUUUGACUACUAUCGAGGCCACGUCUCUCACCAAGUUGGCGAUACAGUGGACAGAGACUUCUGGGGAAACCUAGUGUUGCGACUUGCACCCACUGAUCCCGCGAUACGGCAUGCCAUCUCAGCAAUCAGUCAGAUGUAUGCUGAAAAGACAAAGGAUACGAGAGACACCUGUCCAAACUACAGACCCGCCAUCGUCGAAUACAACAAAGCCAUCCUCGCCGUGCGGUCAUGGCCCUUAGCCACAGAGUCAAGAGUCAAGCCCCUCCUCGUAUGCUUGCUGUUUGUCUGUAUUGAGUUCAUGCUAGGCCACGAGCAUCAAAACGCAGCCAAGAUGCACAUCCUCCAAGGACGAAGGCUUCUUGCAAAUAUCAAGGACCGCAAAACACCAGAAACCGACAUCAUUCGACAAUAUCUGGCUCCGAUAUAUCUACGCCUCGCAUAUGUCGGUAAUGACCGAGUUGACUUCCCACGGCAUCUUCUACAAAUGACGACGACACCGCUCAAGUUCGCUUCUCUGUCUGACGCGCGAUGCGCCUUGUACUACCUCGUGGAUCUUGGAUUCACUGUCAUUUACGAGGUGAAGUCGUACCGCGCAAAGGGCGCCGAAGAGGAGACUUCGGAUACUGAGGGAGGUACUUUGCAGUCACGACACAAACAUAUCAUCCGUGAGCUGGCGAACUGGCGUCACGCUUUUGAAGCGUACCUUGCGUUCAGCGAUCUCCAUGGGCCAGACAUGAGAACGGCAAAGCUUCUCACGAUGCGUCAUUGCCUCAUGAUAGUGUUCCUUGACUCAAUGGUCUCGGGGUCCGACUACGUCUGCGACAGAAACAGUCUUUGUGAAAUGUCCGUUGCUACUGAUUCCGCAGCUUUCGUUGUUAAAUACGAUAAUGAUGUGCUACAGGGACCAUCAUUCACUUUUGAAAGCGAGGUUGUUGGUCCAGUUUACUGGAUAGCAGCCAAGUGUCGACAACCUGCCAUUCGGAGAAGAGCACUUGAACUUCUUUACGAGCGAGAAAAGACAAACCGAGUCGAAAGUCUUACAAUGAUAAAGCAUACUAUUGCAAUGGCUAAAAGAGUCAUCGAGAUCGAGGAGGAGGGACUUGAGAUACCACGUGGCACUAAAGCUAUCCAAGAUUACCCAAACAAGUAUGAAGUUAUCUCGAGAGAAGAGUCCAGCGAAUGGGCAGAGGGCUUUCUCACCGAUCAGAAAGAACAGUGGCCUGUGCUGUGGGAUCUGGGAAGUCACCGCUCUGACAUUCCAACAAAGUUGACCGGUAUUACUGCUGCGAGGGAGCAGAAAGAACUUGCUGAAGGGCUGGCUAAAGGAUGGCCGAGAGAUCGACUUAUCUGGCCUUAUGGAAUCACGAGAGAACGGAGGGUGUUGAGUGUCGUCGUCAAGAAACAUACUGCCGAUGAUUUAUGGUUGGAGUAUGUGAGAGAGCCAUUGGCACCUGGUGGAGAAUACCGAGUUAUGAAGGAGCAUAUCCGGUUUGGAUGACGACAUAAUAACCGUUGUCGCAUAUAUCAUGGAGUUUGGCGCUGUAAAUUUUUCUAUUUUAUUGAUCCUAUCCGAGUGGCCUUGUUUCGCUACAGUUAAUUCCUA